AUGUUUUCCUUUCUUAAACUUGAAGACGACGCUUUUUUACAUGCAGCUCAUCUUUUCAUGAUCGAUCAAGCCAUUCUCAUCUCCGGAGCCAUUUUAUCCAUGUGGAUCCAUUUCUUAAGACAAUGGCGACCGACCAAAACAAGAAAAAAAUUUGUUCCCAUUUUCCAAUGCUUACGACAAAAGCCAGAAUUAAUGGCAAUAUUAGAUGCAGGUGUGCUGGUAUUUUUGAUGCUUUUAGAUUCUCAUUCUACUCAUCAAAUAUGUAAUUCUUAA